ACGUCAAUGCCGGAAACGACCCGGAUCGUAACUUUAAACUCCUGGCUUGGUUUAGUUUCUGCCAGAAACAUCGAGGGCUCCCGAAAAAUGGUCUAAUAUCAAUUCAAACAUGCAUGUUCAAAUGUCCAUGAAGGAUACCCCACCUUGGAUGUGAGUUUAGUCCAAACACUGGGAAGGUCUACCUGUUUAUCCAUCAGACAGACCCUCAGGAGGAGGAGGACCGGGAAGUCGCAGGUGGUUUUUUGUCUCUGGCUGGCUGGUGAGCAUUAACCGGCCACAGGAUGACGUGUCGUGACCGGACCCUCGAGUUCCAGUCAGCCUGCAAGUCUCUCCAGGGCAGACAGAAUGGAGUCCAGCCCAGUAAACCAGCUCUCAGCGCGCUCAGGCAGCGCAGUGACUUCACAGUCAUGGCCAAGAGAAUUGGGAAAGACUUGAGCAAUACAUUUGCCAAACUGGAAAAACUCACUAUUCUGGCAAAAAGAAAAUCUCUAUUUGACGACAAGGCAGUGGAGAUUGAGGAGCUAACGUACAUUAUUAAACAAGACAUCAACAGCCUAAACAAACAGAUAGCACAGCUGCAAGACUUGGUGAGGUCUCGUGGAGCUCCGGGUGGCCGACAUAUCCAAACCCACUCUAACACUAUAGUGGUGUCUUUACAGUCUAAACUGGCUUCAAUGUCCAAUGACUUCAAAUCAGUCCUAGAAGUCAGAACAGAGAACCUGAAACAGCAGCGCAGCAGGAGAGAGCAGUUCUCCCAGCCUCCCGUCUCCUCUUCUCCUCUGAUGGCCAACAACUUCAGGAGCCGCAAAAAAGGGGCCCAGGAGCCGCAUGCAGGUCGCGAGCUGCGCAAUGACUACCAGGGCUAUACAACCUCAAAUUUAAAAGAGAGCUCAGUCUUGAUGCAGGAUGAGUCCAGGAGUCUGGGGGAUGUGGCCAUCGACAUGGACUCUCAGACCAAUCCCCUGCAACUCCAGCUUAUUGAUGAGCAGGAUUCGUACAUCCAGAGCCGUGCAGACACCAUGCAGAACAUUGAGAGCACCAUCGUGGAACUGGGCUCAAUAUUCCAGCAGCUGGCACACAUGGUCAAGGAGCAAGAGGAGACCAUCCAAAGGAUCGAUGCCAACGUUGAAGACACGCAACUGAACGUGGAAGCGGCCCACACGGAGAUCCUCAAAUACUUCCAGUCAGUCUCCUCCAACCGCUGGCUGAUGAUCAAGAUCUUUCUCGUCCUCAUCAUCUUCUUCAUCGUCUUUGUUGUCUUCUUUGCUUAAAGAAAAGAGGAGCGGCUGAGGAGAGCGGGGGCGGGGAAAGCACAUGGAGGGAGGGGAAAUAAAGCUAAAGCAGGACUGAGACGAUGCGCCCAGACAACGUUUUUGAAGGACAGACUUCUCUAUCAAAGUGACGGUUUAACGGGGGCUUGAGAUCCACUUAAAAGAAUACAGACUGUCGGUUAUUCUCAAGCCACAGACUCUCGAUCUGAAUUCGACAAUAUGCAGUCGAGAAUGAAAAUGUUGAUGAAUAAAUUAUCUAAAAUCCCCUCUUUGUAUAGAGUGAGCAGAAUACUGCUCUGUAUUGUACUUUGACCAAUUAUACAUAAACAUUUAAUCAAAAUGGCUAUAAUUUAAUGGUUUGAUUCUGCAAACUGUCUUUUUUUUUUUUUUGUGUUUACUCCCUUUCCCACACGUCAUUCAUUAUUGUUAUUUCACAGCCAAACUACAAAACUGGAGUUUAUCAGAUUAUUUUGCUUCCUAGUUUACUCGACUACUUUGUAUUCAAGAGCAUGACUGUCUAACCUGUUUAUCAACAUUUUUUCACGCACCAGCAUUCAGUUAUGAUGUGAAAUCUUUUUUUUUUUUUUUAUUAGUUACUUUCUGUUUUGCUUUCAAAGUUUAUUUGCCAAAUGGGUACUUUAGGACUGUGACACAGUACGAAGACACUCGCUGAGGUCCAGAGUCUUGUGUCCUGGAGGCACAAGAAGGGCAGCGCAGCCGGCCGGAGGGAACGUCGCUGGUAUGAUCCAUGCAAGAACUGUAUGUUAUAACACUGUUAUAGAGGAAAAUGUUUGGACUGUCUGGUUGCCAGCCAGGAUGCAGAUUGAAAUGGUGUAAACCUCGCACAUUGAGUGCUGUAGGGAGACGAUUCAAGUAUUUGACAUCAGUGCUUAUGAAGGGGUUACGCUGGUUGUGAAAGCCCACUAAUAAAGUGACUAGAAUCAGCCAGAUUCCCUGGAAGUGUCUGGUUGGACGUCACUGUUGUAGUUGCUUCCCCUCUUUAUCUAUCUGAUGUACAGGAUGUUAUUUAAAUGACCACAGCUUUUUAAGAAGAAAAGACAUUCUUCCUAUUUUUUCCCCUGUCUGUUUUUUUUUUUUUCUUAGCCAAAUGCCUUGACUUCAAUGUAAAAAGUGCAAAUAGUGAUAAUGAUGUAUUGAUAAGAAAGUGCAUAUUAAUAAAACAAAAAUGGGGUGCUGGCUUUCACGGCUGAGAUUUUCUUGGGAUAAGAGGAUUAGUCAGCAGUGAUAUAAUUAGCCGCACUGGGCCAUGAGGUUAGUUAACUGAGACGUGUUAAGCAGAGCUGGUUAGUGCGAUGUGUUCAACAUAUUCUCACUUCGUAUUCCUUUUCCCUUUCUUUCAUCACGGUUCAGGACCCAGAAGGAUUCACCUUUGGGCUAAAAAUAAAGUGCAGUUUUCCCUGGCGGCUGCGAUAAAGUCAUAAAGGACUCGUGAAAGCUACCACACUUAAAAAGUGAACACUUAAAACAAAUGGACCAAAAUGCAAGAAUGCACGCAAAUGUAGUAGUUACAUUUUUUAACAAAAGGGAUCACGCAAAUAUUUUUGUGAAAAAAAGCUGUUUUAUUCACAGAGUAAUGACAACAUUGUAUCUUUUCCCCCAAAUCCUUUUCAUCCACAAUAAAAAAUACUUUAAAUGUGA